AUAUAUCACUUUGACUACAGUAUGUAUACGGGAUUUCUUUUCCUUUCUCUUUGUUUCCAUUUAACAACUUGUAAAGUUGUAGACUCUGUUGGCGUAACUACUGAAGCUGCUGGAGUCAGUCAUGCUGCCGACGUUGUCAAGGUGACGAAGACCCCGUAUGCGUCCACUAGCGACGCAACAUCAACGACCAGUCGCUCUACAGCAGCGACCAUAUCCGGAAAGCCGACACCAACCCGCAAGUUUGCGCACGAUGCUCGCUUGGAUGAAGAUGGCGCAUAUUGGCUAUUCUGGGAUGCUAACCAGACUCAUAUAACAUUUGAGACCCACGUGAAAACUCGCGGAUAUGUCGGCUUUGGCAUUUCUGGGAAUGGGCAGAUGUUUCCGGGAGACGUAGUAGUCGGAUGGGUCAAAGAUGGAGUCACGCACUUUAAGGACUGUCAUACAGACGCCCAUGCUAUGCCAAUAGAGGAUGAUUCACAGGACUGGACUUUAUUACAUGGAGAAGAAAAUGAUUUCGGAACAGUACUCAGCUUCACACGAAAGCUUGACACUUGUGACGACGAUGAUUUUAAAAUAUCGGACGAUACCAUGAGAAUUAUAUUUUCCUACCAUCCCGACGAUCCGGUACAUAUUACGUCACUUCCGUGGCACGGGAUCGCUCGAAGAGGGUCACGUGCGCUGUUACUUCUUUCUGCCACCUCCGCCUCGGCAAUUAGCAUACCCACAGAUGUCAAAACAUUUGGAUUUGUGAAAAAUAACUACAGCGUACCUGCUGCAGGAACAACUUACCACUGUUCAUCAUACCGACUACCGGAUCUCCCCCAGAAACAUCACAUGUUCAAGUAUGAGCCGUACGUGCAGAAGGGAAACGAGAAGCACGUGCAUCAUAUUGUCUUGUAUUUCUACGAUAGAGAAAUUGAUCCUCAAUAUGACAACCUCAACUUUGACUGCACAUACGAAAAGAAUACGCCUGAUGCACUCCGGGGAAUUCGCAGUAUUUUUCUUGUUUGGGCCAUCGGUGGUGGUACGUACUAUCUUCCUGAGCACACAGGCAUUCCACUCGGUACAGGAGAUGACCCGAAAUUCUUUGUCAUGGAGACGCAUUAUGACAACCCCACACAUAAAACAGACAUUGUUGAUAGUUCAGGGAUUAUAAUAUCGUACACAACACAGUUACGUCAGCAUGACGCAGGCAUUAUCUACACUGGCGCGGAUGUACGAUCCACACAACUCAUCCCACCCCACGAGAAGGCGUUUGUUACAAAAACUUACUGUCCAGAGGAGUGCUUUGAAUCGUCAUUACCGGAAGGAGGCGUCAAUGUGUUUGCUGUGUUCCAACAUGCCCACUUGUUAGGAACUGCAAUCAAAACACGUCACUUCCGGAACGGAACAGAGCUGGAACCAUUCGCCAACGAUAAACACUAUGACUUCGAUUUCCAGGAUAUACGAGCUAAAAGACAUGAAAUUAACAUACAAAAGGGUGACAGUAUUGCCGUUGACUGCACUUACGACUCACGCUAUAAAACAAAGCCAACUUAUGGUGGUAUUUCAACACAAGAAGAAAUGUGCAUCAGUAUGCUUCUAUUCUACCCACGAAUCAAGAUGAACGGCUGCAUCAGCUUUCCUAAAUACGAAGCUGUCAGUAAUUCAACCAAAGUCAUGGAUGCUGUCAAUACAAUGAAACAAUGGGACUGGAAUCAGCCAUCUGUAAGAAGAAAUUUCAAAUCCAUUUUAGCAGACUCUGAUUACAUCAUGUUCUGCACAGGAGGUGGACUAAAGCCGCAACACUAUACUAAGAAAAUGAUUACCCCUUCAUCGACGUAUCAGGAACCAAGAGGAAACUGCCCAGCACAGUAACUUUGACAAGAAAAGUUCCCAAUGCCAUGUACAUGCAUUUCUGAACCUGCUAAAUUGGCCAAGUCUACUAAAAGUCACUCGAAAAAUCUUCACCAAAUCUGAAAUCAUAUCCAGGCAAAAGUUUCCCGAGUCAAGCAACCCGUUUGUUAUUCUAGCCUCCAAUAUUUACAACUGGAGUUUAUAGGCAUAAUAAACAGAAAAACAUG